AUGGAAUCUAUGGGGAGCUUCUUCAGCUCGAAUUGGUCUAUCCCAGUCUUCUCACAAAGUCUUAAAAUAAUAUUUAUCUCUGCUGAGAAGAAAGAAGAGUGGUUGGCAUUGUAUGAAGCUAUUACCCAGCAGUGGAAAAUAAACAAAGAACCUGUUGACUCUUCAGAUACAAUUGAGCUGUGUUUUGAAAAAAGCCGGUUUUUUCUCGGUGUGAUAGUCCCCUCGUCUUUGUAUGCAUACGAGAUAAAAGAAAUGCUGUGCAUAGUGGGCAGAUAUAAUAACGGGAUUAAGCUUAAACAAAUAUACAAAAAAAUAAAAAGAAAGCUAGGAACCUCGGCCAACACAAUUAUACACUACCAAUCCCUACUGAAAUCUUCAAACUGCUUUGUGCAGAAAAGAAAGAUUGAUAUGUAUGGGAAGAAAAGUGUGUGGUGGGUAGUAUGCUCUGAAGGAGUCAGAAAGUUUUAUGCAACUAGGGAGAGUGUGCAGACUAUCCAAGUAAAAAUUUCGGGUCUAAAAGAAAGUAUAAAGGUUUUCUACACAGAAAAGGGAAGUGUUAAAAGGCUCAGAAAAGACAAAAAUACAAAAGCGAAUGGCUACAGUCUAGAAAGAAUAAAAUCAAAAGUCCCAGAAAGUUCAACUAAAGAAUAG